AGAGAGAGAGAGAUCUAUAGAGAGAGAGAGAGAUCUAGAGAGAGAGAGAGAGAGAGAGAGAGAGAGAGAGAGAGAUGGAAAACAAGGCACUAUUGAAGAGUGAGGGACUUAUUAGAGCAUUGUGCUUUGUGCUAAGUUGCAUAACAGCUCUUGUUAUGUGCUUAAAUGCACAAACAAAAACUGUUUUCUUCGUGCAAAACAAAGCUACUCCCAAGGAUAUACAUGCUCUAUGGAUUUUGGGCAUGGUUGCUUCAGCAGCAGCUGCUUAUCAUCUUCUCCAUCUAUUCAAGUGUUUCUACUUCCAGUUCGUCGCGAGAAAGCUGAUUCCGUCUAACAAAUCAAUCGCGUGGUUUUGCUUCUUACUAGACCAGGGAGUCACAUAUGUGUUGUUCUCGGCGACGAUGGCGGCACUGCAGGGUUCGCUGAUUGCCGUCACGGGGGUCGGCUCCUUCCAGUGGUCGAAGGUCUGCAACAUCUACACGCGGUUCUGCGUGCAGGUUGGCGGCAGCCUCAUCUGCGGCAUAGCCGCAUCCCUCGCCAUGGCCGUCGUGUCCUCCCUCUCCGCAUACCGACUCUUCCGCCUCUACCCCUCCGUCGCACGGUCCGCCUCCCCGCGCCGAUGGCGGUGUUGGGCCUUGUUAUAGCACUCUGGUUGUCACAAUACUUUAGGUUGGAUAAACCCAUAUGUGGGCUUUGUAUUGUACCAUUCUUGUAGGGGGUAUGGGUAUGUGUAUGUGUGUUUGUGUUUAUGAUUGUGUUUGUAUUUGUAUUUGUUUGUGUGUGUGUGUGUGUUUUUGAUAAAUAUGUAUGGUGAUAAAGAUAAAAAAAAAAAGAAAUAAAAAGAAGUCAACAUUAAAUGGGUUGGGUUGGGGAAAUGGACCUCAUCUUAAUGGUUAUUUAGGCCCAAAGGGCCUCUACAUCAA